AUGGAGGAUCACAUCCCUGUCCCGUACCAGCCAGACUCCAGCAGUAACCCCUCCUCCACCACCUCCUCCACACCUUCCUCACCCGCUCCACCCCUCCCUUCCAGUGCCACCCCUCCCUCCCCCCUACACCCUUCCCCACAGUCAGCACGGCAACAGAAACAGUUCAACUUCACAGCUUCUUCUUACUUCAAAUACAAGCAGCAGUUCAUCUUCCCAGACGUGUCCCCGGCACCAGAGGCUCCUAACAGAACACCCCAGGUCAUCCUUCACCCUGUCCUGUCUGAGCCUGGAAUCGAGGUCAACCCUUUAAACCCUUUACUACAGAUUGAAGUUGAACCGACAUCAGACAAUGAGGAGGGCAACGAUGAGGCGGAGUACUCGGAGGAUGAGUUUGAGGAGAUGAACCUGUCUCUGCUGUCAGCCCGUAACUUCCCCCGUAAAGCCAGCCAGACCUCCAUCUUUCUCCAGGAGUGGGACAUCCCCUUCGAACAGCUAGAGAUAGGGGAGCUCAUCGGGAAAGGUAAUAGACAGACUUAAAUAAAUCAGCCUCUGACAAGAUCAACAGACUCCAUCACCAUCAUCUGACCAGCUCUCUCCGCUCAAGCCAGGAACUGACCCUUUCCAUCUCCGGAGGAUGCAGCUUUCAAAGACUUGGCCUCUAUUGGUUGACUUGUCAUGAUAUAU